GGGGGGAGGGACCGGAGGGCGGAGACGUUGGGGAAAUGGGGGAGCGUGAAACCGGAAGGGAUGCCUUAAAGGGAAGGGCGCUACUUCACCUCCGAUUUUUGUCCACUAGGCCGGCUCCUCCCUCUUAAAGGGCAAGGGGCUGCUUUUCAGAGGGGCGGGGCAGGUUCUGCAGUUCCCCGCAGCUUCCCGCUUUUUAUUCUCUGAGGAAGGAUUAUCUCGCGAAGGAGCACUGGCAGUGCCCCAAACUUUGAAGGAAGAGCCUCUGAGUCCCGGUGGCUUCCAACCAGACACUAGCUUAGCUCAACAAAGGUGGAGAUUGGUGUGCCCUAGGAGCACCCUCUUAAAGGGGAAGUCGGGCCUGAUGGAAGGGUGUGGUCCGGCCUUUUGAAGGGGAUGCUCUUUAUUGGACUAGAUGGGUCCAGCUCUUCCAGAGAGCCGAUGGCUCCUGUCUAAGGCGUGCUCGGCCUUCUGAAAGGCACGUGCAGCUUCCUGGGAUAAUUAGUGUCUUAAAGGACUUGCUUACAUUUUAAAGAGGAUGUUCAUCUUUUGUUUUUUUAACUUUUUUUUAACAUUUAUUUUUGAGAGAGAGAGACGGAGAGUGAGCGGAGGAGGGACAGAGAGAGAGGGACACAGAGAAUUUGAAGCAGGCUCCAGACUCGGAGCUGUCAGCACAGAGCCCCACAUGGGGCACAAACUCAACGCAAGAUCAUGACCUGAGCCGAAGUUGGACGCUCAACCGACUGAGCCCCCCCAGGCGCCCCGAGGAUGCUAACUCAUCUUUUUUUUUUUAAGAGAAUCUUUAUAGCCUGUCCAGAGGGGAUGCCCAGCCCUUUUACAUUCAAGAUGUGUGCUCACUCUGUGCCAGACGUUAUUUUAGGCUCUGGGGUGCAACAGUGAUUGAGAUGCCACUCACAUUUAGAGGGGAGAGGCUAGGGAUGCUGCUAAACACUGUGCAGUGCUCGGGACUGGUCCCUCGACACUGGUCCAGCCCCGAAUCGCAACAGUGCUGAGGUUGGGAAACCCUGCUUAAAAGCAGGUUAGAAGGUGCUGAGUGCUAGAGAGAACAAUAGAAAGAGGGGAAAGAGAACGGGGAGUGUUGGAAGGGGUUGCAGAUGUAGGUUCGGUGCAGGGAAUGUCUCCCUGAAGCGACCUGUCAGCAAGGACACUGUCGGGAAGGGGCUCCAGGCGCCGACUAGAUGACGUGGGGGGAGAGGCUAGAGGAGGUCAGGGAGGGGAGGAGGCUGUGGGCACGUAUGAGAUGUAUCUCCUCUGAAAUGGGAGCUGUAGAAGCUUGUGGCACGUUCCCUGCAGCCUCUGUGUUGGGAACAUACCAGAGGUAGGAAAGAAAGAGGGGUGGAAACAGGGAGAUCUGUUUUUGGAGACUGUUGCAGCUGUCCAGGAGGGACACGUUGGUGCCCUGGACAAAGGUGACAAUGAGGGGCUUGGAGAGAAGUGGCCAGGUUCCAAAUAUGUCCCUGCUGGAACAAGGGAACCGGCUGACGGAUUGGUCAUAGACGGUGAGAGAACGAGAGGGUGGUGAGGAAGAAUAGAGGGGUUUUCGGGGAUGGAGAAGAUUGUGGGUGAAGAAGGGAGAAAGCAGGAGCAAAAAAGAAAAAGAGAUUUGGGGCAUGUUAAGUGUGAGUUGUCUGCUAGGCGUCCCUAUGACAACUGUAGCAGGGUUUGGAGUUCAGAGGAGAGGUGUCAGAUCUGCAUUUUGGAGUCCUGUUUAGACGGAGAUCCUGAGGGUGAGUGAGGGCUCCCAGGGACAGAGUGUGGAUGAAGAAGGAGUCCAAGGGUCGGCAGAGCCCUGGGCUCUCCCACAUUCACAAGUCAGGGAGACGAGAAGGAACCAGUGCCCGAAAGCGAGGAGAGUGGCUUAAGGAGGGAGGGACCCCGUAGGGAUUGAGGAGGGGCCGUGGAAUUUAGCACCAGGGAGGCCAUGAAUGGAGUGGAGGGUCUGAGUGGUGGGGUUUGAGAUGGGAAAGAGCAUGUAUUGACCGCACGUUUGAGUUGCUUUGCUGCAAAGGGGAUGGGGAGAAAUAAAGCCAUAGCUAGAGGCAGUAGUGGGGUGAAGGCUUUUUUUAAUAUUUUUAAUUUUUUUAAUGUUUGUUUUUGAGAGAGAGAGGGAGAGAGCAUGAGUGGAGGAGGGGCAGGGAGAGAGGGAGACACAGAAUCUGAAGCAGGCUCCAAGCUCUGAGCUGUCAGCACAGAGCCCUGUGCGGGGUUCAAACCCACAAACCACGAGAUCAUCAGCUCUUAACCAACUGAGCCACCCAGGUGCCCCUGAAGGGUUUUAAGUUUAUUUUUGAGAGAAAGUGUGAGCAGGGGAGGACAGAGGAAGAGAGAGAAUCCCAAGCAGGCUCUGAACCAUCAGCACAGAGCCUGACGUGGGGCUCAAACCCACGGACCAUAAGAUCAUGACCUGAGCCAAAAUCAAGAGUCAGUGCUUGCCAGCUGAGCCACCCAGAUGCCCCUGUUGGUUGUUAAGGGAGGUGCAGCUUGUGGGUACCCAGAUGGGAACGGUCCAGGAGAGGAGGAAAGUAGGUGGGAAGUCCGAGUCCGUGGGCCAGAGGCGGGCAGGUGGGAGGGUGGUGCACGGAUUCUCAGCCUCAGCACUGCUGCCGUUUGGGACUGGAGCAUUCUUUGCUGUGCUGGGCCGUCCCAUGCACUGUAGGGUGUCGACCAGUAUCCCUGGUGUCCCCCUCGCUAGAUGCCAGGAGCACCGGCCCCUCCAUUCGUGACAACUUAGCGUCUGCAGGCUCUGCCAGAUGUCCCCUGGGGUGGGAGAGUCGAUCUCCUUGAGAAUCACCGCUAUAGUGGUUGGGAUGUGGCGACAUUCUCUUCUGAUUGCAUUUAUGUUUUCAGUGACCAGAUCAAUGGCAGGAUCACCUGCUAAAAGCAGGAGGGGAGAGGAGAGGUUUGAGGGGAACAGAAACAUGUCUGAGUACCACCUGUUGGGUGGGAGUGAAUGGACUAGAAAAAUGCAGGUAUGAGCAGUGCCGGGAACUUGGAGAUUCGUGGGCAUGAGUGCAGAGGGAGACCCGGACUAGGGGCACCUGGCUGGCUCCGUGGUAAAGCAUGUGACUCUUGGCCUCGGAGUUGUCAGUUCGGGCCCCAUGCUGGGUGUGGAAGUUACUUAAAAAAAAAACAAAAAAAACAUUUUUUUGUGUUUUUUUUUUUUUAAAGGGAGACGGAAGCCAGGCAGGAAGCGAGGAGGUGGAUGGGUGUGGAAGGUGCAGCGUGGCUAUGGAUCUGGUGGAGUCUAGGGAUUUUCGGUUAAUGUGCGACAGGAAAUAGGCAAGCAGCAGUGGGGGGUGGAGUGUGGAAUGCUCGAAAGGGCUCUAGUUACAGUGGCUGGGAACUGGCGUUGAGGCAGGGUGGACGAGGAGCUCCUCAGAGGGAGCGGGCUCAAGCAUCAGAAGCCGGGGUGUAGAGAGAGCCCAGGCCAUCCUCAGGGACAGUGUCUGUCUUUAGAGGGGAGGAGCUUGGCCCUAAAGGACGUGUUUGGCCUCCUAAAGACCACGCCCACCCUUCUCAACUUGUCCAGCCUCCUGGCGAGGGGAUGACCAGCAUGCUGUGGCCGGUGUGAUGGUCGGCUCCCACGCGGACAUGGCGCCCGCCUCCACCUCCGAGGGGCCGGCGGAGAAGCCGGGCCCCGCGGCCCCCGCCCCGACGGCCCAGUACGAGUGCGGGGAGUGCGGCAAGUCGUUCCGGUGGUCGUCCCGGCUCCUCCACCACCAGCGCACGCACACCGGCGAGCGGCCCUACAAGUGCCCCGAGUGCCCCAAGGCCUUCAAGGGCUCCUCGGCCCUGCUCUACCACCAGCGGGGCCACACGGGCGAGCGGCCCUACCAGUGCCCCGACUGCCCCAAGGCCUUCAAGCGCUCGUCGCUGCUGCAGAUCCACCGCAGCGUGCACACCGGCCUGCGGGCCUUCACCUGCGGCCAGUGCGGCCUGGCCUUCAAGUGGUCGUCGCACUACCAGUACCACCUGCGGCAGCACACGGGCGAGCGGCCCUACCCGUGCCCCGACUGCCCCAAGGCCUUCAAGAACUCGUCCAGCCUGCGGCGCCACCGGCACGUGCACACGGGCGAGCGGCCCUACACCUGCGGCGUCUGCGGCAAGAGCUUUACCCAGAGCACCAACCUGCGGCAGCACCAGCGCGUGCACACGGGCGAGCGGCCCUUCCGCUGCCCGCUCUGCCCCAAGACCUUCACGCACUCGUCCAACCUGCUGCUGCACCAGCGCACCCACGGGGCGGCGGCCGCCGCCGCCCCCGCCCCGCCGCAGCACGAGCCCGGCGCCAAGGUCUUGGUGUCCGACGCCUACCUGCACGCGCCCGCGCCGCCCCCGCCCCCCGCGCCCCCGCCCGUGGUGCCCGAGCUCUUCCUGGCCGCGGCAGAGACCACGGUGGAGCUGGUGUACCGCUGCGACGGCUGCGAGCUGGGCUUCGGCAGCGAGGAGCUGCUCUUGGAGCACCAGCCCUGCCCGGGGCCCGAGGCGGCGACGCCGCCCCAGGACGGGCAGGCCACCGCGGCGCCCAAGGCGGACGCUGCCCCGCCGCCCUCGCGGUCCCCGCCGGCCCCUCCGCCGCAGCCCCCGCCUGCCGCCGCCGCCCCGGGCUUCGCCUGCCUCCCGUGCGGGAAGUCCUUCCGGACGGUGGCCGGCCUCUCCCGCCACCAGCACAGCCACGGGGCGGCCGGCGGGCAGGCGUUCCGCUGCGGCAGCUGCGACGGCGCCUUCCCGCAGCUGGCCAGCCUCCUGGCGCACCAGCAGUGCCACGUGGAAGAGGCGGCCGCGGGGCGCCCGCCCCCCCAGGCGGAGGCCGCCGAGGUCACCUGCCCCCAGGAGCCCCUGGCCCCGGCCGCCGCCGCCGCCCCUGCCGCGCCGGCGCCCGCGCCCGCGCCGGCUUGUGCCGAGCGGCCCUACAAAUGCGCCGAGUGCGGCAAGGCCUUCAAGGGCUCCUCGGGGCUGCGCUACCACCUCCGGGACCACACGGGCGAGCGGCCCUACCAGUGCGGCGAGUGCGGCAAGGCCUUCAAGCGCUCGUCGCUGCUCGCCAUCCACCAGCGCGUGCACACCGGCCUGCGGGCCUUCACCUGCGGCCAGUGCGGCCUCACCUUCAAGUGGUCGUCGCACUACCAGUACCACCUGCGGCUGCACUCGGGCGAGCGGCCGUACGCCUGCGGGGAGUGCGGCAAGGCCUUCCGCAACACGUCGUGCCUGCGGCGCCACCGACACGUGCACACGGGCGAGCGGCCGCACGCCUGCGGCGUCUGCGGCAAGAGCUUCGCGCAGACCUCCAACCUGCGGCAGCACCAGCGCGUGCACACGGGCGAGCGGCCCUUCCGCUGCCCGCUCUGCCCCAAGACCUUCACGCACUCGUCCAACCUGCUGCUGCACCAGCGCACCCACUCGGCCGAGCGCCCCUUCGCCUGCCCCAUCUGCGGCCGCAGCUUUGUCAUGGCCGCCUACCUGCAGCGGCACCUGAGGACGCACGCCCCGGCCCCCGCGGCCCCCGCCGCCGGCUCGCAGCCCCCCGCCCCGCCGGCCGCCGCUCCGGCCCCGUCUGCCACCCAAGACGUCCACGUUCUCCCCCACCUCCAGGCCACGCUCUCCCUCGAGGUGGCCGGGGGCCCGCCCCAGGCCCCGCCCCCGGGUCAGGCAGCCCCCAACUCCCAGACUUUUCUCCUGGUGCAGACCGCCCAGGGCCUCCAGCUCAUCCCCAGCAGCGUGCAGCCCCCCGCGCCCCCGCCCCCACCCGCUCCCGCCAAGCUCAUCCUGCUGCCCUCCUCGGGCACUGCGGCGGGGAGCAGCCGUGGCAGGCAGGGCCCACGGGCAGCUGGGAAAUCUGGGCAGGGGCCUGGAGUCGUAUGGCUGCCAGGUCCUGGGGGACUAGGGGUUCAGGGAGGGGGCAACGCAGGGGCCAGUGGGGGAGGGCAGAGCCUCAUCGUCCUGCAGAAUGUGGGGGGUGGGGAGGCAGGGGCACAGGAAGUGAGCGGGGUCCAGCUCCAGCCCCUCCGGCCAGCCCCGGAAGUGACCACGGUCCAGCUCCAGCCGGCCCAGGAGGUGACCACGGUCCAGCUCCAGCCGGCCCAGGAGGUGACCACGGUCCAGCUCCAGCCUGUGGCAGGCCAGCUGUCCAAUCCCAGCGGGGCAGCUGUGACCACGGAGGCCCCCAAUCUGCUGGUGGUUCAGAGCGGUGCGGCCGAGGAUUUGCUGGCCGGUCCCGGCCCUGGGGAGCCAGGUGACGGUGAGGCCGGUACUGGUGUCGUCCAGGAUGUGCUCUUUGAGACGCUGCAGACGGACGAGGGCUUGCAGAGCGUCCUGGUGCUGAGCGGGGCAGAUGGGGAGCAGACCCAGCUGUGUGUGCAGGAGGUCGAGACGCUACCCCCUGGGCUGGCUGAGCCACCUGCCCCUGGUCCGCCGGGACAGAAACUGCUCAUCAUCCGUAGUGCUCCCGCCGCUGAACUGCUGGAGAAUAGCAGUGGUGGGGGAGGCGGUGCCACGCUGCAACUGCUGGCCCCACCCCCACCUGGCCAAGCCUCUGUCCCAGUGGGCAUCUCCACGGCUCCCGCCUCCCAGAUGGUACAAGUGGUACCCACCGGCACUGCACCUGGGGGCAUGGCCCCGCAGGCCCUCCCCUCCAUCCAGAUAGUCCAGACUCUGCCCGCAGUCCAGCUGGUGCACACGUUUUGAGCAGAACCACUGGUAUCUCUUCUUGCCCCACACACAGACCCGGACUCACUGCUUGGGCUGGGCUGGGGGGAGGGGAGCUGCAGGCUGGGCUUGCUAAUAAAGACCAGAAUCUCCUCCCCUGUGUUUUGUUUUCUUGGCGAUGGGUGGGAUGAGGGGGAAUGUCGUGGUCAUAGCCACCGCUUGGGAGCUCAGAGU